UCCAUGUUGCCGAGGCACAAUGAAGAUAUCUAGAUGUAUAUACAGCUUAAACAGUAAAUAGAGCUAAUUUAGUGUCAUUAGUGAAACAGUAGAUUUUACUUGGAGUGUUUGGAAGUUAUCUGUUGCAAUGGUGAAGCUGAGAGCGAGAUGUCUGUUUGUCGGAGAUGCUGCAGUGGGGAAAAGUGCCCUUUCUCAUGUGUUCCACAGUGGUGGUACUCUCUUCCAGAAGAACUACAGCAUGACCACCGGAGUGGACCUGUUCGUGAAAUGUGUCAACAUCCCAGAGACCAAUGACAGCGUGGAGCUCUACAUCAUAGACUCUGCAGGGAAGGAGGCAUUAGUGGAAGCCUGCGCGAAAAUGUGGGGUGAGCCAUCACUGCUGUGCCUGGUUUUUGAUCUGAGCAGUGAGCAGUCUUUUGCCAACUGCAGCCGCUGGAUGGAGAGAGUCCGUGCCCACUGCCAGGGUCUCCAUGUUCCAGGCGUCCUGAUAGGCAACAAGUCAGACCUGUCCGCUAGAAGGGAGGUACAGACAUCCGUGGCCCAGGAAUGGGCCCAGAGCCAGGGGUUGGAGUACCACGAGACUUCGGCCAAGGAGAUGGAGAACUGUGAUGCACCGCUCCUCAGUUUAGCCCAGGCCUUCCAGUCUCUCUAUCAAGAGCGCCUGGAGACCGUCCAGAACCUAAGUCCAGGCUAGACCCCGUUCCCACUCACACACACCUUGACUUUUCACCAGUAAGAUAUUAUGCACAGGUUUUCCAUUCAGAUAAUUGAAUAAGCUUUAUGGAUAAUACAUGUGAGGCAAUUCAAAGAAACCCUGUGCUCUUUUGUACCAGCCAUUCCACAGGCCCGGCAGAGAAUGACUUGUUAAGAAUGAUAUUUUGAUAUGCCAAUGAAUAAAGUUGUUUUUCUCUGACAGUCA